AUUCAAUUCAUUUUAACACAUGAAAUUGAGAGGGCCGGCUUACUCUUUCUUAUGGCUCACCAACUCCCAGGUUUCUACCUACCCCAAUCCACCACCCAACUCUCCGUUAAUAUUAACGCCGUCACAUUCUCCACCUAACCUCUUUCCCUAUAUAAAACAUCACACAUUACUCACUUUUAAACUCAACAGGUGGAACAAUAACUGCAACUAUUCCUCUUUGUUAUAAAAUUUAUUAUACUCUUGUGCCAUUUUGAGCUCUCCAAAAGAUGGAUCUUCUCCUUCUAGAGAAGACCCUUAUAGGCUUAUUCUUUGCUAUCAUUGUAGCAAUAGUUGUUUCUAAGUUACGUAGCAAGAAAUUUAAGCUGCCCCCAGGUCCAAUUCCUGUGCCAAUUUUUGGCAAUUGGCUUCAAGUUGGUGAUGAUUUGAAUCACAGAAACCUCACUGAAUAUGCCAAGAAAUUUGGUGACAUGUUCUUGUUAAGAAUGGGACAGAGGAAUCUUGUGGUUGUAUCAUCCCCUGAAUUAGCGAAAGAAGUUUUGCAUACACAAGGGGUUGAAUUUGGAUCAAGAACUAGGAAUGUGGUGUUUGAUAUUUUCACCGGAAAAGGCCAAGAUAUGGUUUUUACAGUAUAUGGUGAACACUGGAGGAAGAUGAGGAGGAUUAUGACAGUCCCAUUUUUUACAAACAAAGUGGUGCAGCAGUAUAGGCGUGGGUGGGAAGAUGAAGUGGCACAUGUUGUUGAGGAUGUGAAGAAAAAUCCAGAGUCAGCAACUAAUGGGAUUGUGUUGAGGAAAAGGUUGCAGCUUAUGAUGUACAAUAACAUGUACAGGAUUAUGUUUGAUAGGAGGUUUGAGAGUGAGGAUGAUCCUUUGUUUAACAAGCUCAAGGCUUUGAAUGGAGAGAGGAGUAGAUUGGCUCAGAGUUUUGAGUACAAUUAUGGUGAUUUUAUCCCUAUUUUGAGACCUUUCUUGAGAGGUUACUUGAACAUCUGUAAGGAAGUUAAGCAGAGGAGGUUGCAGCUUUUCAAAGAUUACUUUGUUGAUGAAAGAAAGAAACUUGCAAACACAACGAAGAGCAUGGACAAUAGUGCGCUAAAGUGUGCCAUUGAUCACAUUCUUGAGGCUGAACAGAAGGGAGAGAUCAAUGAGGAUAAUGUCCUUUACAUUGUUGAGAACAUCAAUGUUGCUGCAAUAGAAACUACACUGUGGUCAAUUGAGUGGGGUAUUGCUGAACUAGUGAACCACCCUGAAAUCCAGAAGAAACUCCGUGACGAGAUUGACAGUGUUCUUGGAGUAGGAGUGCAAAUCACUGAGCCAGAACUCAACAAGCUUCCUUACCUUCAGGCUGUGAUCAAGGAGACCCUUCGUCUCCGUAUGGCAAUCCCUCUUUUAGUCCCACACAUGAACCUUCACGAUGCGAAGCUUGCUGGAUAUGACAUUCCCGCGGAGAGCAAGAUCCUGGUAAACGCUUGGUGGCUGGCUAACAACCCCGCUACCUGGAAGAAGCCCGAAGAGUUUAGGCCAGAGAGGUUCUUCGAAGAGGAGAAGCACGUUGAGGCUAAUGGCAAUGACUUCAGAUAUCUUCCAUUUGGUGUUGGUAGGAGGAGCUGCCCUGGAAUUAUCCUUGCAUUGCCAAUUCUUGGCAUUACUUUGGGACGCUUGGUGCAGAACUUUGAGCUGUUGCCUCCUCCAGGACAGUCAAAGCUUGACACAACAGAGAAAGGCGGGCAAUUCAGUCUGCACAUUUUGAAGCAUUCCACCAUUGUGAUGAAACCAAGAUCUUUUUAAACUUUGUGAUUUGUAUCAAUUAUGAUAUUCAGUUGAUUGAAAACCUUGAAAAUUGACAGAAGACAUUCUUCUUCUUCCCUUUUUUUUUCUUUUUCUUUUGGUGUCAUGUAAAGCCCUUAUGGACUAGACUUAUAAUAAAAUUUAGCUAUCUGAAAUGUUCUUUGCUGCA